UAAAACAGCAUUAGGAUUUCAGGAAGUCAUAAUCAAACCACAAAAGCACACACACUGCACACACAGAGACACACGCAAUCACCGAAUUUGAGCCAUCCAACGCCCUCAUUUCACACAUUCCAAGCCAAAUGGAAUCACCAACAAACAAAUCAAUGAUCAGAACUACCAACUCAACCCACCUUCCCUUUGUGACCGUCUCCCCUAAACCUGCCGUCCCCGCUUCUAGUCUUCAUCACUUCCAUCUCGACUCUCCUCCCAUGUCCAUAUAAUCCCGCGACUCCCCUGAUCCGUAUCAAACCCACCUCAAUCUUCACCCAGAUAUUGCAUACGAAUCUACUCCAAAGCUCAGCUCCUGCUUCUUCUUGGCUCUCAAGACUUGCGAAAGAUCCCACAUUUUAUCAGUUCUUGAUGUUUAAGGGACGCUUGUUUUGACGAGUCCAUAGUACAGUAUAUUGUUUCCUUCUUCUUGCAAUAUGAAUCAGAUUCGGAAUAUCCUUAUUUUCUCCAAAUUCUUGCAUAUUAUUGGCCAUUCUCUUUAGCAAUUCAAGGCUGUCAUAGUCAGAUUAGAUCUCUUGCUUUCCAAGUUUUGAGCUGAGCUGCGAAGGUAGACAGCCCGAUGAAGCGAACUGUCCACCAUUUAUUCAGUGUACUCUUCUUGUUGGGGGUCGUAGGACUGCUUUCCUUCAGGGUUAUCCUUCGCCAGAGCUCUAUUCAGCUGAGAAAUGAGAGCCCUUUCGUGGAAGUUGCGAAUUUUCGAGUAGAUAAUGAGACCCUUUUGAAGUAUGCUGCGAUUGAUGUUGGUGAGCCUAAGUUGAAGCAGGAGAUUGAGGAGUUGUUAGAGGGGAAUUUUCGGAACCAGGGUCGUCAUAGAUCAUUUCUGUCAUCAGGGAAAUAUCGGAUUGAUGUUAGAGCUAGGUCAGCUAGGGGUCUACCGGUGCAGGUCCGUUCACCUGAGUUUAAUCAAUUGUGGUUGAGCUUUCGGAGGCACUUGCAUGAUUGGUCUAGAAAUAGGAGGUUUCAGUCAGAUAUUAUGUUGGAUUUGGUUAAUGAGCUCAAGGAUUUGAUGGAUAAAAAUGGUGGUAAAACAGAAGGGUUGGGAAGAAAGUACAAGUCUUGUGCUGUUGUUGGAAAUAGUGGGAUUUUGCUGAAGACGGCGUAUGGGAAGUUGAUUGAUAGUCAUGAGGUUGUUAUAAGGUUGAAUAACGCAAGGAUAGGGAGUUUUGAAAACAAAGUAGGAAAGACAACUAAUAUUUCCUUUGUGAAUAGCAACAUACUACGCCUGUGUGCGCGGAGGGAAGGCUGUUAUUGCCAUCCUUAUGGGGCUGAUGUGCCAAUAGUUAUGUAUAUGUGCCAGCCUGCGCAUUUCUUGGAUUUCUUGGUUUGUAAUUCUUCGCACAAAGCGCCGUUGAUUGUUACUGAUGCACGGUUUGAUGUGUUGUGUGCCAGGAUUGUGAAGUACUACUCGCUGAAACGGUUUCUUGAGAUAACAGGGAAGGAUGUUGAGGCCUGGAGCGCUGUUCAUGAUGGGGCUAAUUUCCAUUACUCUUCAGGCAUGCAAGCUGUAAUGCUUGCUGCGGGGGUUUGUGACAAGGUCAGCAUCUUUGGCUUUGGAAAAUCAGCCGCUACUAAGCACCAUUACCAUACUAAUCAGAAAGCUGAGUUGGGUUUACACGAUUAUGAGGCAGAGUAUGACUUCUACGGAGAUUUGGUGGCGAGACCAAAGGGACUCUGUAUCCUGCUCAUGGACAGGAGAGACGAGUUGAAAAUCACCUACAGGUAAGCAUGUACUUCUAUGAAACGGGUUUAAGAAACAAUUUCAUGUACCUCAGGUGGGCUACUAGUUUCAAGAAUCUGCUCCCCUAAGGAUGCUACAGCCAGUACUAGGAAACCAUCUGGUCUAUCAACAGCUGUAAAACCAUAUCUAGCUGCUUCUGCUGCAGCAUCAGAGCAGACAAUGGCCCUGCCAAACUGCAUAGAAAUAAAAUCAUGAGCUUCUAAAAGAAUAGACCUCUAUGGAUGCAACAUCAGAACGGACUUCAUUACCAUAUAACCGGGAGCAGGCAGUGAACAAACAGCAGGCAGAAAACCUUUGUGCAAGUGCCUCAGUAGAUUUGAACUUCGAGAACCUUUACAUAGAAUAUCAAAAUUGUGUGAGAGCUGUAGGUGAAGUUCGAACUUUGAAGAGGUGAAACCAAAGAGAGAAAAAAAUAAAGGAAAGCAUGAAAUCAAGCCUUACCACACCACAGGAGCAUUUUGUUUGGUAACUUCUUUAUUUCUUCAAGAGAGGGGCAUGCACUUGGUUCAACCUCAUAGAUGUUCUCAACAGAGACGCCGUAAUUCUGAAAAAAAUGAAAUUUUUAGCGAGAUGAAAACUCAAAUUUCAUAGCAGGUUCUGUGAUUUGACGUCCCCAGACGGUCAAGAUUACAAGAAGUGAUGUGUAAAUGAUCUUACAAUUUCUCCAACUUUAUAAGGUUCAUAGGUCCUCUCAAGAUAAUUUACUACCAUUUUGUA